AUGAGAAACAGUAAAGCAGAAGAUGAUGACAGUGCAGCUGAAGAUGACAGUGUAGCAGAAGAUGACAGUGUAGCAGAAGAUGAUGACAGUGUAGCAGAAUAUGAUGACAGAGUAGCAGAAGGCGAAAAUUUUGGAGGUGAAAGUGUAGCAGAAGGUGACAGUGUCGCAGAAGGUGACAGUGUAAUAGAAGAUGGUGCCAUUGUAUAUGAAUGUGAUGACAGUGUAGCAGACGAUGAUGACAGUGUAGCAGAAGGUGAUAAUGUAGCAGAAGGUGAUAGUGUAGCAGAAGAUGGUGACAGUGUAGGAGAACAUGAUGACAGUGUAGCAGAUGAUGGCAGUGUAGCAGAAAAUGAUGACAGAGUAGCAGAAGAUGAUGACAGUGUAGCAGAAGAUGAUGACAGUGUAUCAUAUGAUAGCAGUGUAGCAGAAGAUGAUGACAGUGAAGCAGAAGAUUAUGACAGUGUAGCAGAUAAUGGCAGUGUAGGAGAAAAUGAUGAGAGAGUAGCAGAAGAUGAUGACAGUGUAGCAGAAGAUGAUUACAGUGUAGCAGAUGAUAGCAGUGUAGCACAAGAUGAUGACAGUGUAGCAGAUGAUGGCAGUGUAACAGAGGAUGAUGACAGUGUAGCAGAGGAUAACGAGAGUGAAGCAGAAGAUUAUGACAGUGUAGCAGAAGAUGAUGACAGUGUAGGAGAAGAUGUUGACAGCAUAGCAGAUGAUGACAGUGUAGAAAAAGAUAAUGACAGUGCAGCAGAAGAUGAUGACAAUGUAGCAAAAGAUAAUGACAGUGUAGCAGAUGAUGGUGACAGUGUAGCAGAAGAUGAUGACAGUGUAGCAGAAUAUGAUGACAGAGUAGAAGGCGAAAAUGUAGGAGGUAACAGUGUAGCAGAAGGUGACAGUGCAGCAGAAGGAGGUGGUGACAGUGUAGCAGAAGAUGGUGACGUUGUAGCAGAAGAUGAUGGCAGUGUAGAAGAAAAUGAUGACAGUGUAGCAGAAGAUGAUGACAGUAUAGCAGAAGAUAAUGACAGUGUAGCAGAUGAUGGCAGUGUAGCAGAAGAUGAUGACAGUGUAGCAGAAGAUGAGGAUAAUGUAGCAGAAGAUGAUGACAGUGUAGCAGAUGAUGACAGUGUAGCAGAAGAUAGUGACGUUGUAGCAGAAGAUGAUGGCAAUGUAGCAGAAAAUGAUGACAGUGUAGCAGAAGAUGAUGACAGUGUAGUAGAAAAUGAUGGCAGUGCAGCAGAAGAUGAUGACAGUGUAGCAGAAGAUGAUGACAGUGUAGCAGAUGAUGACAGUGUAGCAGAAGAUGGUGACGUUGUAGCAGAAGAUGAUGGCAGUGUAGCAGAAAAUGAUCACAGUGUAGCAGAAGACGAUGACAGUGUAGCAGAAGAUGAUGACAGUGGGUAA